AGGGUUAUCUGUGUCAAGAUCAUUUCCAGAAGACUAGUUCUGGCCCCCGACAGGUAAUGCAGGGCAGAGGAGAAGAGGAACGAAGAGAAGAGCGCAACUCCUAGCUGGCAGCAGGCUCCUUUGGAGCAGCCCAAGUUGGAGGAAGACUUGAUACUUUGGGCAUCAUACGCUGGGCAUUUGAUACGUUGGGAUAUUUUCUCACCUUGGCAGUCAGACUGAAAAAGGGCACCAGGGUCCCUGCGGAAUGACAACUCUCUUUCCUGCAACCCUCUCCUUCCUUCUCCUCUUGACCCUGCCAGGGCAGGUCCUCCUCAGGGUGGCUUUUGCAAAAGAGGAAAUUAAAUCUGGAACCAAGGGAUCCCAGCCAAUGUCCCCUUCUGAUUUCCUUGACAAGCUUAUGGGACGGACAUCUGGAUAUGAUGCCAGGAUUCGGCCUAAUUUUAAAGGCCCACCUGUGAAUGUGACCUGCAACAUCUUCAUCAAUAGUUUUGGCUCUGUCACUGAGACCACCAUGGACUACCGAGUGAAUGUUUUCUUGAGGCAGCAAUGGAAUGACCCCCGCCUGGCCUACCGAGAAUAUCCUGAUGACUCACUGGACCUCGACCCUUCAAUGCUGGACUCUAUUUGGAAGCCAGACCUGUUCUUUGCCAAUGAGAAAGGGGCCAGCUUCCAUGAGGUGACCACAGACAACAAGUUACUGCGUAUCUUCAAGAACGGGAAUGUGCUCUACAGCAUCAGGCUGACCCUCAUUUUGUCCUGCCCAAUGGACCUCAAGAACUUCCCCAUGGACAUCCAGACAUGCACAAUGCAGCUAGAGAGCUUUGGUUACACCAUGAAUGACCUUGUCUUUGAGUGGCUAGAAGAUGCUCCUGCUGUCCAAGUGGCUGAGGGGUUGACGUUGCCCCAGUUUAUCCUGCGAGAUGAGAAGGACCUAGGCUACUGUACCAAGUACUACAACACAGGGAAAUUCACGUGUAUCGAGGUAAAGUUUCACCUGGAACGGCAGAUGGGCUACUACCUGAUUCAGAUGUACAUCCCCAGUCUCCUCAUUGUCAUCCUAUCCUGGGUCUCCUUCUGGAUCAACAUGGAUGCUGCCCCUGCCCGUGUGGGUCUAGGCAUCACCACAGUACUUACCAUGACAACUCAGAGUUCUGGCUCUCGGGCCUCUUUGCCUAAGGUGUCUUAUGUGAAGGCAAUUGACAUCUGGAUGGCUGUGUGUCUGCUCUUUGUGUUUGCUGCCCUGCUGGAGUAUGCUGCUGUCAAUUUUGUUUCCCGUCAGCAUAAGGAAUUCAUACGACUUCGAAGAAGGCAGAGGCGUCAACGCAUGGAAGAAGAUAUUAUCCGAGAAGGUCGUUUCUAUUUCCGUGGCUAUGGCCUAGGUCACUGUCUACAGGCCAGGGAUGGCGGUCCAGUGGAAGGUUCUGGCAUUUAUAGCCCCCAACCUCCAACUCCUUUUCUAAGGGAAGGAGAAACCAUGCGGAAACUCUAUGUGGACCGAGCCAAGAGGAUUGAUACUAUCUCACGGGCUGUCUUCCCUUUUACUUUUCUCAUCUUCAACAUCUUCUACUGGGUUGUCUAUAAAGUACUACGAUCAGAAGACAUUCACCAGGCACUCUGAAUAGUGGACGUUCCAAAGUGUCCCCCAAGAAGUUGUUGGCUACCUAUCUUCUCCUGGAUGGGAUUUCCCUUCCAUUAGAUUUCAUUAGGAGCUGGGCACAGUUCCCACUCAGAACUUCAAUGGCCAAUCCCAGUAUUAUUUGGUUCUGCACUGCAUGCUGUCAGUAGUGGCUGUAUUUGAAGAUAACUGAUCUACCCUAAUCCAGAUUUUCUCCGUGCUAUCCUGUUUCUCAUGAAUGUAAGUUUUGGCUAUGUUCCUGGACAAGGGUGAUCAUAUUCCCAUGCUGAAGCCUCUCUGUUCUCCAUUUCUCCAGGAGAGAAUAUUCAGAGCUAUGAUUCUGGUCAUUUCUCUUCUAAAUCUACAUUGUAUGGCGGGUCAGAGAACAGGUGUUUUUCCUGCCAAGCAACUGAUUAAGAUUCUCUUCCAAAGACACUCUUCAAUUUGACAUCCUGAGAAGAUAAACAAAAAAACACUUCAUAAAAACACUUCUCAGCCUGCACCUCAUGCCCACAGACUGGCAUUUACUGUACUCUCUGUCCCUCCUAUCAUAGAAUUAGUCAUUGUGUCUUUCCAAUCCCCAAGUGCUGCCUUGUGUGACCAAAAUAGGUUUCUGUGAUGGUAGAAAGAAAGCAAGGUGACAGAUUCCCUAUACUUCAGAAGAGCUAUGGGGCUCACUGGGGUAGGAUAUUUGUUGUAUGAUGCAAUAGCGAUCUUAAGUCUCCCAGUAAGCUCAACACUGUCAGAAUGGGGUCACGAAUAUUGAAAUCUGAAAAAGACCAUUCUUCCAGAUCCAUCUGAGCUUCCAAAUGUUAGGAAUAUUUGUUUUAUUCUCUAACUAAAGAGCAUGGUGGCAGAAUGUAUUUUGCUGCUGGGAAGCAUGUAAAGACAAAAAAUGCUU